AGAAUUUUUUCGCUUUUGGAUCUGUUUAAGUCAGGUAAGAGCUCGAUUAGGAUGUAGACGACGUCGAACUCUAUCGCAUUGAAUCGACUCUUCUUUGACGUUUCUAAGAUCUCGAUUAGAAACUUCAGCGCACAUGAACUCGCCUUGCUGCAAAUCUCGUCGGAAACCAACUCUAACAGAGAUUUGAAGAAUCUAUGCCUUAAUCUUGAAGCAAGAAAUUCCAAUUGUAACUGGAAGUAGUCUUUGCCAUUUUCCUAAAAAUUGUUAACGCAUGGAGCCUCGCUUCGGCGCUUCCUCUUUGAAGGAUAAUUGUCAUUGAUUUCACGCACUCUGUUUUUGACAAAAUUUUGAAUGUACUGUUUUGAUCAUUCGACAAUGAAAGCUUACGCAGAACACCGAGCGCCUCUUCGUACGCUUGGAACGCGAUGAAAUCAAGAACAUCGAUUAGAAUCUGAACGAUUAUUCGAGUGAGAAUUUCAACGCCAUUGAAUUGAAUGAAAUCUGAUUUAGUCUCGUCCCUAAUUUCAACAAUGGAUCGGAGCUUUUUCAAGGUGGUGAACUUAAACGGAGAGGAUUCGACUAUGUUGAGGAGGGAGACUAGCUCAUCGUGCUGGGCGGAGAACGGCAGAGGCGGAGGAGGAGAUGAGGAAGAUUGAGUGUUCUGCUAGGAGAGGAUGAGUCGCUUGAGGGUGUGAUUGGGAGUGAAGUGGAAGCUGUGGACAAACUGGAUGGUACCUUUUUUUUGUUUUAUUUUAUUUUAUUUAGAGGGCUGGAUAUUGCCAUGUCAUCAAUGGGUGAGGUGUAUUGUCCACGUAAGUUUGUGAAAAUUAAAAGAGGCAAUUGGUG